AGGCAGCAAGUGGCCUAGAACAAGUUUUUUUACAUAUUGAUUGUGCUUUUUGUCAAUAUAAACUACAAAUAAAUAGAGCCUUAGGAUUAAAUAUUGUUUCUGCUAAUCUAUUUAUUCCUAAUAAUAAGAG